CAUAGGUCUCAUAGGCGUAGGAGUAAUGUGGGGGAUCACAAACGCAUUCCUUGAAGGUCCUGCAAAGAGAGAAGGAUCAUUCUUUGAUAUGGUGCUGGAUAUCUCCUUCAUUCUCCCUUUUGGUAUCAAUCAGUUGUGCUCUGUAGGGCUUAACCUAAUUCUUGGGCGGAUAGAGAUCUCUCUCGCCCUGACAAUAGUUAACUGAGUGUGCUUUAUUUUUACUUAUUUGUCUCAAAAAGUACUCCAAGGAGACUACAAAUUAGAAAAGAGAUUUAUGAUAGGCACAGUGCUUGUAGUGGCUGGACUAUGGAUAGCACUGCAGGAUAAGUUUUAACAGAGUUCAAUUUUGGGAAAGAUUUUAGG